CAAUAUUUCCGCUCUCAACUCCUUGUCGUCUGAUUACUCUCGCGGUUACUCAAUUCUCCGGCGUCUCUCAACAUCCGUCAACUAACCGGCGACCAUAGCGCCGCCUCUCGCCGCUGCACCCGGACUAAUGUAACUUCGACAGCUUCCUUUUAAUUAUUGUAGUUUUUAUGCUUGCAUAAUUAUACUCCAAUUAUCAGUUUACCGUGCUAGGGUUUAUCAGUUGGUGCUGUUGAGCUUCGUUGUAAACCUUGUUCAAUUACUCUUGUUUCUGUCUCUCAUUCUUUUGUUUUUUUUCCAUGUCGUGAAUUUCGCAGUUGGAUUUGAUUCCGGUAGUUGUUGCCAUCAAAUCAUGGUGUGAUUUCCUCUCCCCCGUUUUUUUUUUUUUUUUUUUUUUCCAGCUAGUGUGACGGUUACUUUACCGAAAUAGAGAUGCCGGAUGUGAUAUCAUGGAAUUGAAAGGUUUUUGUUGUUUAUGUUCUGAAUGUAGUCUGGCCGAAAAGAAACUGUUCUGGAUUUAGCAAAAUUCGUGGACAAGGGAGUCCAAGUUAAGCUUACUGGUGGAAGACAAGGUGAUAUGAAUAUAAGAGUAUUUUCGUAUUUUUAUUUUGACUAGAUUUCCUAUCUCGUGGAAGAACAUUUCUGUGAAAAAGUUGAUUGUAUACUGAUGUUUUUUGGCAUCUGUUUUAAAUGUUUACUUUCUGCUAAAAGAAAACCUUGUUUAUACCCUCAUUUGGUUUAGUCAUUUAGGGUCUUAAGAAAUGCUUGUUUUGUAGUGACUGGAACUCUAAAAGGCUAUGAUCAGUUGCUGAAUCUUGUUUUGGAUGAGGCUGUGGAGUUUCUGAGAGGGGCUAUCUUGGCAUGAAUUCAUGGAACUAAUCUAGGCUGUUUGACUCCCAUACUUUAAUUGCCUUCUCGAUUUACUAGGGGAUUUAUUUGUUGUAGCAUUAAGAGGACUGUUUUGGAUUGCAGAUCCAGAUGAUCCGUUGAAGACUACUGACCAGACUCGACGCCUUGGCCUGAUAGUUUGUAGGGGUACUGCAGUGAUGCUUGUUUCACCUACUGAUGGAAUCACUGUGACAUUAGAAGUGAGGGGAAGUUGCAGUUGGUUAAGGUUCACAGAGUUUUUUUUGGCUUUGGUUGGUUCCUCUGCCUCCUUUGUAACCCCCCUCGUGUUUUUUCCUCCACUCCAAGAGAUGAAAGAUGAUUCCUCUUUUUGGGUGGCAGAUUCCGACAACCAACUAUGUCGUCCCAUGAAAAGGAAGAGAAACGGAGAGAGAAAAAAGGAAUUCAUCCGAUGGGGAUCCAAGCCUUUAAUUGAGUUUCUAGAAUCAAUUGGGAGGGACACAAGCAAGGAGCUCAGUAGGCAUGACGUAACUGCCAUCGUGAAUGAAUAUGUAACUGCCAGAAACCUAGCUGAUCCAGUGAGGAAGAAGAAAGUUAUUUGUGAUCAAUGGCUUCUUGCUCUUUUUGGGAAAAAGAAGGUUCCACGGAUAAAAUUUUUUGAUCUCCUGGGAAGCCAUUUUGCUGAAAAUUGCAACAGUUCAGAGGAUGAUGUUCAAUAUAGUUCAGAAGAGGAGGAGAAUGUGGGGAAGAACGAUUCAAAAUUAGGUCGGAAACCAUCAUCCCAGAAGCAAAAAGUUCACGUUAAUCCAGAAAACUGUUUUGCCGCUGUCUGUCCUGAAAAUAUGAAGCUUGUUUAUCUUACAAAAACUGUAGUUCAGGAUCUUUUGAAGGUCCGUGAAAGUUUUGAAGAUAAAGUAAUUGGUAGCUUUGUGAGAAUCAAGUCUGACCCCAAUGACUACCGGCAGGAAAACUCCCACCAGCUGCAGCAAGUAGUAGGUGUAAGAAUGGUCGCUGAUGGUAUAGAUGUUCGUCUUCAACUUUCAAAUAAUGCAAAAGAAUUUCCAAUAGAAAAGUUGUCUGAUGAUUUCUUUUCAGAGGCAGAGUGUAAGGAUUUGCAUGAGAGAGUCGAAGCUGGUUUGCUUAGAAGACCUACUGUUGUGGAGUUUGAAACAAAGGCUAAAAUGUUACGCAAGGAUAUAAUGAAACGUAAGCUUAUUGAGCAAAGAAGAAAGGUACUCCAAAAACCAUCUGAACAGGAUAGACUUAUAACGGAGAUUCCGAAAGUUAUAGCUGACAAAAUAGAAUCUCAAGCCACACCCUUGGGUACAUUAGAAAUUGGAGAAAAGAAUAGUUCUUUGCCCAGACCUCAUGACACUGAGGCUUCAGAAAAUUAUUAUUCUGAUGAUGCUGGAACAAAACAAGAGAAUAGGUCUUCGCCCAGAUUUUAUGACUGGGAGGCUUCAGAUAAUUAUUAUUCUGAUGAUGCUGGUCCUGAUGAUAUUGAAAUUCCAUCUGCAACUGUUAUGGGCAAAUCAAUUGUUCCAGAAUUAGAGAAAACCUAUAUUAACAUUGGAUUGGCAAGCAAAGAAGCUGUAAAAGAUUGCCAAAACUUAAAUGUGUUGCAAAACGGAGUCACGGCUCAUAUGCAAGACCAUGAUGUAAGCAAUAGAGAAAUACUGGCUGUGGCUUUCAAAGAUAAGAUCAGUGCAGACUGCCAGAAGAACUUAAAUAUAACACAAAAUGGAGUUGCGGCUAUUGUGGAAAACGACGAUGAGAGCAGACGACAACUGCCGCAUGCAGAUUUACAACAUAAUGAGGGCUCAAUUCCAGGAAGAGAUUUAAUGUCUGCUGAAAUAAUCGAAUUGAGUGAUGAAGAUGAUGAUGAAAUUGAAGUGGUGAAAGUGGAGAAGCGUCCCAGUGUUGAUGUCCAUGAAUAUGCAUGGCAAUAUCUGGAUCCACAAGGCGAGGUUCAAGGGCCUUUCCCUCUAAUUCAGCUGCUGGGAUGGUAUGAAUCCAAUUACUUUGAGCCUGGCUUCAAGGUCUGGAAGAAUGGUCAAAGGCAAGAGCAGGCUGUGCUUUUAGUUGAUGCACUUCGAUGUGCAUUUCCUCUGGUGAAGAGAUUUUUGGCUUCCAUUGAUUACAAAAGGACUGUCCUGUGUCCAUCCCAUGAAGCUAAACUCUCAUUCAUCGUGUUGCUUUUGGUACCUGUUUCUCUGGUUCCUUUGUGGAUCAAUGAGGUACACGAAAUCACGAAUGAUGCCAAGUUAAUAUUUUACAAAAGCCAUCAAGGGGUACUGUCAGGCAUGGAAACUACAACAAAGAUGCUGUCUCCAACUAAUAGGGAAUUCGCAAACUUAGGAAGAUAUCUGAGUUUAUCCUUGAAUACAACCAAUCCUACCUUCUCUGCUAUUCAAACCGAGGUGGCUCCUACAUUGUUUUUAGCAUUUUCAACAAUUCCACACUUGUCUCAGAUUUCUUAUAUUACGCUGGAUGGUUUGUAUUUUUCAUACUUCAUCAAAGAUGGUCAACCAUAUGCUAUGUACUCGAAUACUACAUUGUCCACCUCCGCAUUUGCCAGUUCUAAUAACUAUAGUUGGUACACCCAGCCAGUGAAUCGGGAUACAGGAAAGCUUUGUGGGCAUUCAUUAACUUCUGCACCAUUGCCAAUCUUUAAUUCAAGCAGAUUGAGAGAAGCAUUGAAGAGCAGAGAUGGACGCAUAUCAGUAGGAGCAGGACGGAGUGAUGAUCAGGAGUUAUUGUUAUUCUACACUAUUGGUAUUGAUCAAAGCACAGCUCUAUCGCUAGGAUUCCCCGUGAAACCAUUAACUGAUUUCUAUUUGACUAGAAUAAGUGCAUAUGGUGGCGCGCUCUAUCUGGCUGCAAACGAUGGGACAUCAUUACUCACUCAUGGCAUUCCAAAUACUCAGAUGGUAAGGACUAGUGCUUCUGCUUCCAUUCAUAUAAUUAAUCCCCGUGAUCAUCAGAUAAGCAAGGCCGGCGAGCUUGCAUGUCGAACUAAUGACGGAAACCUUAAAGCAUCUAUUAUGGAAAUAUGGAAGCGCAAGUAUCUGUUUUACUGCUCAUCAGUUGAAGUUGUUGGAGUGCAAUCUGUUUAUGCAAUAGCUCUACCAUACAGCGGGCUAGCAAACUUCAUACAUCAAAAUGUCAAAUAUGCCAUUGUACUUCUUGUAAUAAUAACCUUUGCUUUGGUUAUUUCCAUUUGCACAUUCAUUUUCUUAACUAUUAGAGCAGCAAGGCGAGAAAUGUAUUUAUGUGCUGCGCUCAUUAAACAAUUGGAAGCAACUCAACAGGCCGAAAGGAAGAGUAUGAACAAAAGUCUGGCCUUUGCUAGGGCAAGUCAUGAUGUACGUGGUUCACUGGCUGCUAUUAUUGGUUUGGUCCAGAAUGUAUGUAAGCAUGUUGCCGCAGAAUCAGAUUUGCACAAAAAUUUGAAACUGGCAGAAACUUGUGCUCAAGAUCUCCUAGGUUAUCUACUACCUUAUUUAAUUCUUUUUUGUUUAAUGCUUUUCUAA